AGCGAAGCCGUGGUCGAGUAGGUACAACCACAUGCCGUAAUGCCUGAACUCCUCGCUCACCUAUAACAGUGGCUGAUGGAUAUGAUAUCAAGAUCAUCUCCAAGCCCUCUUCCCCCAUCUCCCACUUGAUCAACUGCUCUUCCACCAUGUAUCCAUCCAAACAACCACAACCCUACUACCCUCCACCGCCGCCGCCGACGACCGACCCCUACUACCCUCCGCCGCAGCCGACGAUGGGCGUGCCGGUGCCGACCGCCCCCGGUACUUUCCAGAUCCAAACUCCGGCGGGCGGCGCUUGGUCCACCGGCCUCUGCAAGUGCUGCGACGAUGGCAGCAACUGCUGCAUCACUUGCUUCUGCCCUUGUAUCACGUUCGGUCAAAUCGCGGAGAUCGUCGACAAAGGAGCCACCUCAUGCGGGACGAGUGGGGCGCUGUACGCGCUUAUAAUGUAUGUGACGUGCUGCCAGUGCUUGUACUCCUGCUUCUACCGCUCCAAACUGCGGGCGCAGCUCGGGCUGAGGGAGGAGCCCUGCGCCGACUGCCUCGUCCACUGCUGCUGCGAGACCUGCUCCCUCUGCCAGAUGUACCGAGAGCUCAAUCGCCGUGGCUACGACAUGAGCAUAGGUUGGCAUGCAAACAUGGAGAGGCAGGGGCAACCCGCAACCAUUCCGCCACCGGUCCAAGGCAUGAGCCGUUGAGAUCUCAACUCAAAGUCCAGUGCUGCCAUAAUUAGGGACUGCAAGAUGUUUGAUAAAAUGCGAGGUAUGGAUUUCGUUGUUUAUUACUAAACGUCAUAUGCAGAUAAUACGACCUAUAAGAGAAGAAUAAAAUCAAUGUCUGCGGUGGGCAUGAAUUGGAUGAUGAUCCAAAGUCGUUUACUACGAGUCUACAAUUGAGCAUUGUUUGGAAAAGUGGACUUUCACUGUGAUUGGCCAAACCUUAUCGUCCUUUGUGAUUGUAGCCUCACUUCAGAUACAUGGACAUGAUGUUUGGGCCCCAAUUCGUUCA